AUGAAGGCAGAUCCUGAAAUAAUGGAGAGAGCAUUUUCAUCUCAUUUUGCAGAUUCACCACUUCACAUUGCUGCGCUAUACAGAAAAGCAGAUUUUGUGGAGCAGAUUGUGACCCGAAUGCCUUCAUUAGCCACAAAGACGAACCAGAAAGGUAUGAUCCCAUUGCACUUCGCUUCUUCCAAAGGUCAUGUUGAGACAGUGAGGGAGCUGUUGAAGGCAAAGCUUGAUGAUGAUGAUGGAGUGAACCAGUGCCUUGUGAAGGACGAUGAAGGCUGGAGUCCAUUGCACUGUGCAUCACAGAAAGGCAAAAUCAGAGUGAUGGAGAGUUAA